GCACAUCUGUGUCAGCCAUUGUUUUUGAGGACUCCGCACUCCGGGAUCUUACCAGGCUUCAGGCCAUUGUCUCUCCUCAUUCAGUUCUGAUUCUCUGCCAGAUGUCAAUUUUAUUUUACUUGAGGAAAAGGGAGGAGAAAAAGCAUCUGGAACAUUGUGAUCGAAGACGAACAUGAGCAGGACCCGUAGAAGUUCCCUCGCUGUUCUACUGCAGGAACAUGAAUGACCCCGAGGGGAGGGGGAUCAUCCUCUUCUAGAGUCUUCGGCACUGGACGUUCUUCCUGGUAGAAAUUCCCCAAGACAUUGUGAAUCAUCAUCAUCAGCUGAUAACGGAGGACAAUGAAGCGGAGACGAGACGUGACGCUGCCCAUGCUUCUCCUCGCCUCCAUCACAGUGUAUGGCUUUCUGCUGGUGUGGGCGCAGACUGACACCAUAGAGCUGACAACGAUCACUGGGGACCUCGUACGUCCUAUGUCGCCUCCUCUGAACCCCGCGUUCAAUAUAGUGACCGAAGGGAAUGUCUCUAUAGAGCUGUCUCCCUGGCCCAGCACCACCAUGGUGCCAGCUGUCACCACUCCGGGACAAGAUGCCACAGUAAAUAUGGACAGCACGACGACUGCUGCCACCAGCCUGAAUGGCGCCACAAUACCACUGCCAACCGGUGCAACUAAUAACAGUGACGUGUGCGGUGACACAACCACAAGAAGUGCGGGCAGGGAGUCUACACCGCAAACUACCGGCAGUGCCAACAUCGUGCCCAGGUCAAUAAAGAAAUCCAGAGCUGUCACUAACUUCACAGGUCAUGUUUCGAUAAAGGUGAAGAUUCAGAGCAGCGCUCCUAAAGAUGAUGCAAUGGAAAUGUUUUUGAAGAAGGCCUGUGAAUUUUUCCACACUUUGCAGCUUGAAGAUGUGCGUGUGAUGCUGGGACCGGCCAAGACUCCAAUGCUCUGCUUGCCACCUAUUAAUAAUUAACAUCCCCGUCUUUAGCUCAGGUGUUUCCACAAGUAAAGCAAAACUUGAAGCUUUGCCAUAAAAGGAGGAACCCGCUGCCAUUGUAGAAUUCAUUCUUGCAUUUUCCAUUUUAUUUUUAUGACUGAUGUGUAGAGGAAAGUUCUUGAGAAAUUGUGGGUGAAGGGUCUAACAAAACUCCUUAUCACCAUGAAGUAUAGAAGAUCUCAAUGGUAACUGACAUCACUAAAGCUGCUCCAGGGGCCAAGGGACCCAUUAACCAUAUGUGAUCUCUGAUACGUUUGGUAAUUUAUGUGUUUUGAGCAUUUAUCGAGUAAGACUGUGGGAGCACGCCUUGUGAACCAUGGCCUACUGAGGGUGCGAAGACAACAGUCACACCCGGGCACUGGAGACUGACGGGGAACGAAAUCCUUCUGCCCCAUUUGAGGAGACCAAUACUGUAAAUGUGUAAAGAUGAUGAUAAUUGAGGUGCUCUUUUCCACGUUUUUUUUUUUAUUGGAGCCCAGAAGCUUGAAGUAUUGUCCUCUUUGUUAGAAGGGUUUGUUGACAAUAAGAUGGUCACCUCCAGCAAUCGUCUGGAGCAGUAAGUGCUCCAUUUCCCUGCAGCACCACCACAGGAGGAAUUAAGUAUUACACGGUGUCCAUACAUUCAGGACAGAAUAGGUCCUCCAGGAGGAGAUGUUCUUAAUAACUGCUCUCUGACCAAUCGAUGAGGAUCCUCAUCAUUCCCCAACACGGUGCAUGAAAACUGGUUUUCUAAAAUGGACAACCCCUUUAACCCCUUCCUGCCAAAGGAUAGACCUGUCCAUUGGGAUUGCAUGUGAUGUAGCGCAAUCCGACAUACGGUUACGUCAUGUGUAUGGCAUGGGCUCAGGAGUUGAUUGUGGCUUAUCGAUAUUUGCCAUGGCAAACAGGGGUCCCUGCAAAGGCCCACCCGGGGCCUGUUAGGCUUUGCCAGAGGCCUGGCCUAAUGGACUGUCUGUCAGUUUGAAUGACGCGUAAUAAUGCUUUAGGAGUAAAAAAAAUAAGUAAAAUUUUACAAAAAAU